GUUCGAGUACCUCGCGGUUUCAGAUCAUGAAAAGUGUUUGUAGCAUUAAAAUUGCCUCCAUCGGGGCAAAAGUGUUUAUUUCAAUUAUUCUAGUCAGCGGAAAUCCACUUUUGGAAACAUCCGGUUUAAUGAAUCAAAAACAAAAUAUCACCCCGGAUAUCUAUAAUGUAAAUAUUUCAGCACCACAGAGUCCAGAUGUUGAAGGAGAAGAAUAUGGAAAUUUUUCAAUCGACUAUAAAGCUGCAGCAGAAAGGACAAUUAUGAGCAUGAACCCAAACAAUGAAUCAAAAAAUGUAUCAAAUCAGAAAUCAUUUCCAAGGAUUUCUCGAAAACAAGAGUUCUCUUUCAUGGAAACAAUCGAAACAGUAUUAGCCACGGUGACGAAUCUAUUUAACAAUAUUAUUAGUGGCGAGUCAAAAAGUUCAAGGUCAAUUUCUAAUAAAAUCAGUUACAAGGAUUUUCGACUUCUGAGGAUCCUUCCAACUACAAAUUCACAUGUAAACGAUCUUCGCUCGAUGUACGAAACUGAACCAGAAGAUAUUAAAUUCUGGACUUUUCCUGUUAAAAACAGGUCAGCGGAUGUUUUAGUUUCACCAAAGAUAAUUACAGACGUAAUUACUUUCCUCGAGGAGCGAAAAAUUGAAUAUACAGUGCUCAUAUCAGAUCUUCAGAAAACUAUGUCUAAUGAAAAUCCAAAAAUGUCAAAAGAACAGAGAGAGGAUCUAGUUAGUUCACAGGGACACCCAAUGACGUGGAAAAGAUAUCAUCGAUAUGGAGAAAUAAUGAGGUAUCUGGAACACCUGGCUUUCAGAUAUCCAACACUUGUUGAACUUGUGACAAUUGGAAACAGUUAUGAAGGGCAACCAUUAAAAGUGGUCAAAAUUUCGAGUGGACCUACUAAGGAAGGAAAGACGAAACCUGCAAUUUGGAUUGAUGCUGGUAUGCAUGCGAGAGAGUGGAUAAGCAUAGCAGUAGCUACAUACAUUUUGAGUCAGUUGGUCGAAAAAAAUUCUUCAUACACGAAACUUCUUGAUAAUUCAGACUGGAUGAUUUUGCCGAUCGCAAAUCCAGAUGGGUACGAAUUCAGUCACACGACUGACCGGCUUUGGCGAAAAACUCGAAGUUCUCACUCUGAAACCGAAAAUGAAGCAAGGUACACACCUUCAGGAUUAUUUCACUUAGUUUCGCAUAUAGCAAGGUGGUUCUUCUCAGAUUGUGAAGGUGUUGAUCUUAAUCGAAAUUUUGGUUACCACUGGAGAGAUGCAAAAGUCGAAGGAACAAGUUCAGAUCCAUGUCAUGACACAUAUGCAGGACCUAAAGCAUUUUCGGAACCAGAAUCAAGAGCGAUUUCCGAUUACAUAAUGACAAACAAAAAACAUAUACGAGCUUACUUCACGCUACAUUCCUAUUCUCAAAUGUGGCUGCUUCCAUGGGGAUACACGCACGCCAAACCAUCAGAUUAUUUAGAUUUGAUGAAUAUUGCCAAAAGAGGGACCAAAGCUUUGGCCAAAAUUCAUGGGACUAAUUACAAGAUUGGGCCUGCAUCGGAGUUGUUGUACCUCACAACAGGGGCAUCGGAUGAUUGGGCCAAAGGAGCGGCAAGAAUUAAAUACUCUUUCACACUGGAGCUGAGGGAUGGGGGACGGUAUGGCUUUUUAUUGCCAGCUACACAAAUAGUCCCCACAGCCAGAGAAACUUGGGCAGGAAUUCGCGCAAUAGCACGACUCGUUACUUCAAAGACUGAUUAAAGUAAUUUUAUAAUAAAGAAAUGCUUGAUUAUUUUAAAUACCAAGAAUCCAACGAUCAAAUUUCGAUUAAACACUC